GUAAAAUUCAGCGUACAGUUAAAAAGAAACCCAAUUAAAUUUCUCCUCUAUACUUCUUCCCUUUACUCCUCCCGCUUAGAGGAAAUCCGAUCGCUGUUGAACCAGGAUCGCUCUUUUGUAAUGGCGAUGACGGUUGAAGGCUCGCUGGACUUGCCUUCAUGUUUUCAGCUAGCAUAUUGCUACAGAUCCUGGCAUGUGCGGUGUACAACAAUUGGUGGCCAAUGCUAUCAGCUCUCAUGUAUGUAAUAGUCCCUAUGCCUUGUUUGUUCUUUGGAGGAGGGUCUACUCAGUUCCUUAUUAGCCGCGAUGGUGGGGGUUGGAUAGACGCUGCAAAAUUCCUAACAGGAGCAUCUGCUGUCGGGAGCAUAGCCAUUCCCAUCAUCCUAAGGCACGCUCAUCUGAUUGGGACAGGAGCUAUGUUCAUUGAAUUUGCAUCUUUCUUCAUAUUUGUCUGCACUGUCUUGUGUUUUCACAGAGCUAGCCUCGAAGAUGAGUGGUAAAGACACUAGUCUCUGCAACUACUCAUGCAACUUCCACUCUACUGUGCAGUGGGACAUGUUAUGAUUUAUACCCAGGUCUGGAAUUACUUGGAGGAAAAAUGAAUGGAAAAUAUUCUCUCACUGUAAAUCUGUUCUAUAAUGUAUAUCCAGGAAAAAAAAAAGGCAGUUUGAUUGAACUUACUAUUUUCCGAUUGUUUUUCUGCAUUGACUUGACCCUAACUUAAAGGCUUAUCUUUUAAACUGUCGCCUUCAUGGUUUAUGUUUGAUGGUAGCUUAAAGUGCUAUAUUUGUCA